GUCAGCGGCGGGCCUAUGACCACUAUCAAGAGCUCGCAACAGGUGGUGGCAACGAUGGAGUCAUCCCAGGGAUUAAGAGUCCAUGGGGCUAUGGUGUUGCAGUCAAAGGGCCAGCAGUCGAUCUCAUCCAUGGCUAUGUGUACUGGAUGUCGUGCGAACGUUCCGCCUUGCCGGGGGUCUGCUCAGAGCAUGCUCUGAAGAGGGUGCCCAUCUCCGUCCUGGAGACUGCGGCAAAGAUGCCAGACCCCGUGGAUGCCUCUUCCAAGGCACCCACUGGCGAUGCGCAGGACAGCUCCGGUCCAGCGGCGGCAGAGGCGAGCGCCGGCCUUUCCCCCGAAGGAGUGCAGGCCGUGGCGAGGCCUCUAAUGGUGCAGCGGCUUCUUCGACUACAGGUGCUUGGAAAUGUGCAGGGUGCCCCAGCGGCGGCGCCAACAGAGGGAGCGAGAGGCUGGAACUCGAAUUGGUCGUGGCAGCAGACUCCGAAGCCAGACUACUCAGAUCCUCCCUCGUGGCCGGGAUGGUCACACCGGCGCUACUGGGUUCAGGCGAUUCGGCGCUGGAACAAGGCGACCGAUCUACCCCUUGCUAGAAGGGCCGAGAAGGUUCUUCGUUGUUUGGGCUGGGAGCUCCAGCCUGAUUUCGAGCACAUUCCGGAGACGGUGUUGGAAUCCUCCGCGUACUUGGACGCGAUCCUGGCCGUCUUGGACAUGAAGGCCGGGGUCAGAGAGGAUGAUGAAAAGCGGGAGGCCUUCAGAAGUCUUUUCUACCAAUCUCAGCGUCGUCGAGACGAGACUUUAGCCCAAUACGCGAUGCGCAAGCAGCAAGACUUCACCAAGGCUUCCGCUUUCGGCAUCUCGGUGCCCUCCAGUUUCCAGGCUAUGCUCCUACGUGAGGGAGCCUCCUUGUCGGAUCAGAAUCAGCAGAACCUCACUGCCCUGCUUCAGGGUCGCGACGAUGAUCCUCAGAUGGUGGCUAGAUGCCUGGGACGCAUGGAUGUUCGAACCGAUCGACUACAUGCCUACGUCGACGGGGACUCCAUCGAGGAAAGCGGAGACUUCACGGCCUACGGCGACGACGGCCCGGACGAGAACGCCGAUGACGAGCUUGAGGAUGCGGCGGUCUUAGCCGAGCUCGAUAACCUCGACCUCUCCGAGGACCAGGUGAACGAGGUCUUCGCGGUGAUCGACCCAGCAGAGGAAGAAGAGGUGCUGAUCGUGGACACCAUCAUCAACGGGCCCCCGGACAUCGCGGGUCCAGUGGACAACGAGAAGGGGGCUCCCACGGCCUUCUGUUAUGCUCCGGGGCCUUGUCAGGGCUCAUCGGGAUCCGGCUUCAGCUUCCUCUCCCGGGGCGAGCUCCAAGAGGCGGCAGCUUUGGCUAAGGAGCGACUUGGGCCAUCCUCGGGGUGCUGGAGUUUCUUAACGCUGAGGGCAGGCGAGGCCAUCCUUGACAUCGGGGCCACCCAGGACCUCAUAGGGAGCGGGGCGAUGCUUCAGAUGACCCAGGAGCUCAAGCGCUGCGGACUUCGACCUGUACCAGUGGAUGUUCCGAUUUCCUCGCCCUCUGGCAUAGGCGGCUCAGCGAAGGCCGUGAAGGCGAUGCUUGUGCCGAUCUCCCCAGGAGGAGUCCCUGGAGUUCUUCAGAUGACAGUGCUCGAGGAGAACAUCCCUCCUCUUUUGAGCGUCGGGUUUCUUGAAUUUCUGAAGACUUGCAUUGACCUCGAAGAGGACCCCGUGUCUUUUCGUCGGCUGGGAGUGACUAUGCCACUUACCAAGCAGCCUUCGGGCCAUCGGACUAUUCCGUUGGUGCAGUGGAAGGGCGAUGAGUUUCCUGUUCCCGAGGAAAUCCUUCGGAAAUACAAGAUCGAAGCCCGAGACUUUCAGUGCUCUUCGUCCGCUUACAUAACAGGGAGUGAUGCUUCGGAAGGUGUUGAAGUUCGGUUGUCCGAGAAGACAGUCCAUGCAGACAGUUGUGAUGAGCGUGCCGUCGUUUUCAGAGCCAGUUCCAGCGUGCCUCCUCAGCACUCGAAGCAGGAAGUACUUCUCCCCGGCGGCGUUGUGGGCUCUGAAGUGCGAGAGUUAGCUCCGAUCUUCAUGCCCCCGCGCGAUCCGGAGAGGAGUCCUCGACUAUGGAGGGUGCUGGUUCAGCGAGUUCUCUUUGUGGUGGAGGCGGCCAGGGUCUCCUACAUGCGGCUCGUCCUAUCGGAGAGGGCCAAGUCAGUGAAGUCAGAGCGCCGCAAGUAUUUGGAGAUGCCGGCCCAAGCACCAGCCUCCUGUCUGCAUCCUGUCGAUCGACACCUACGUCGGGGCAACCAAUACGGCUCGUGGAAAGUAUGCGGUGUAUGCGGUGCUCGGUUGGAGUACCACAAGAGGGCGAAGGCCAAGGCCAAGGGCAAGAGCAAGCAAACGUCUGCUCCUAUGCCUCCUCCGACGAUGCCAGAGCCGAAGGUCGAACCACUGAGCCGUGCCAUGGGGAGCGAGGGCUAUCGCCCGAACAGGUCCGUGGCGCCGAACCCGGUGGAGAACGAGACGAUGACAGUGCUGCAGACCAUGUUGCAGAGCUUCCAGGAUCAGAGCCGAAUGGUGGCUCAGGCGAUGGGAUCCAUCAGCAAGUCCCUCGAGGACAUCUCUCGAGGCCAAGGUCAACUUCUGCUGAUGGCGCAGGACAACCUGGAGAAGCCCAUGUCAGUGGACCAGAUCAGCCUGAUUGCCAAUCAAGCGGCGGUCACAGCCAUGGACCAGGAAGACGACUCCGACCUCGACGAUCCCAAGAUUGAGUUGGCCCUCAUGGAUGACGACCACCUUGAUGACGGCGACUUCGGUGCUGUGCUGGGGUCAGUGCUCAGCGGAGUUCCAGCAGUCUUCACCGAUCACAAGAUCCUCGUGCGGACGGUCCUGAUCCCGAGGCUGAUGGAGGAGACUGUGGGCCCAGAUGGUGCGAUUCUCAUCGUGAUCUUCCAGCCUUCUCUGGGUCACAGCCUCAGGGUCUUCGCCAAUCGCACGAUCACCCGGCCGAUGAUUCUGAUCCCAAGGCAGAUGGAGGAGAUUGUGGGCCCAGAUGGUGCGAUUCUCCUCGUGAUCUUCCAGCCUUCCCUGGGUUUCGACUCCAAGGGGAACGUUUUAUACUCCGGUCCUAGCGAGCCUGAUGCCGUGGUUUCCAGCCUGGAGGACGGGACCCCGAUGCAAGUUUGGGUUCUGCCAAGGGAGCUAGAGCUCAUGCGGCGGGCGAUGUCUUCAGAUGCAGAUCCUGUACGACUAGGUGAAGACGGAGUUCCUUGCGAGCACGGCGAGUUCUGGGUCUUCAAGGAGGACUCGACGCUGAACGAGAUGGACGUGGCAGAGGAAACGGAUGUUGAGAUCGGGAUCGCGAAGAAGGACAGUUUGGCGACGCUGGCAGCUGGGCGUCUGCGAAGCAUGGCGCGCGAGCAGGAAUGGGAAAGGCGAGGACACAUCUCUAGCCUGGUGGUGUUGGGCUUGGGUCAAGACCUACUUGAUGAACUACAAGCUCAAGGAGUGCGCGUUCCUCCGGUACAUGAACAAUUCCGGGAGAGCGCAGGCUGGGAUGUUCGACGAAAAGAGCACCGAGGGAGGUUCCGAUCUCACCUCGCCAAGCGUCAACCAAGGCUUCUCAUGAUGCAGCCCCAAGGAUGCGAGGAGAACUCACUUCACCAUGAGCUCUCAUGUGGGUUCUGUCUUCAGGCGGCGGAGCACCAGGAAGCCAGAGGAGAGACGUAUGUUCUUUUGGCCCCAAGCUCCAGUAGCCUGUGGACUUCCCGAGGAGUCCAAUCUAGGCUGAAGGCUAGUCAAGCCUCUGUGGUGCACUUCGGACCAGCCCUGCGAGACGGUCAGAGCUGGAAGAUCAUGUCCAACCACCCUAACUUCGCCAAUGUGUCGGGCGAAUUCUAUGCCUCCCGCCAGGACGAACAUCGAGAUUCUCUGACUUCAUCUUCCUCGUCAAGGCUGGAGAGCGAGCUGUGUGCUCGAGGUUUGCUGAUCAAGGCAGACUUCAGAGAUGACUCCUGUCUUGGGUUGCUGAAGCUGGCGCUCGAGAAGGAAGGAGCGUCCAAGAGAGCUGUUGCCAGCCGAGCGGGCCGAGGACGGAACCUAGUUCUAGGCGGUUAUGUUCAUGGUGGAGUUUUGGGGAUUACCCGAGAGUGCCGAGAAAGACCGUGGCUCACCAAGUACUUGAGCGAGUUCUUAAGAAGCAAGGGAGAUCGUGAACCACACACAACCUUGUCGGUGAGCCUCAACACCAAGUUCGAGAUGCAUGCCGACAGCCACAAUCGUUCAGAGUCAGUGAACGUUUCCUAUGGCCUCGGAGACUAUGAGGACGGCGGCAUCUGGGUGCAUCAACCUCCUGUGGAGCCUUCGGAGCCUGCAGCCUGGCGCCGAGGAGAGGGCGGUCGUCGACUACGUGGAAAAGUUCUGCCUACUCGAGGGAGAUUGAUUCAGUUUUCCCCGAAGGUCCUUCACAAGACCGAGCCGUGGAUGGGUCAGCGAUGGAUCAUCACCGGCUACUCCAUUCGAGGAGAGGAGAAGAUCGACCCGCGACAGAGGCGGGAGCUUCAACGCCUGGGAUUCCGGCCCCGCGGACAGCGACUACCUUCUGAGCUGAAGAAACAGCUGAGCUGGGCUACAGGAUGUUUGUUGUCAGGAAUCAAGUAUCAGCCUCAAGAAUCGGGAGCGUGCUUCUUCGGCGAGGACGAGCCCGAGAAUGAGGAGGAAGAAGAUCUUCCUCUGAGUCCCUCGUCAAAGGAAGCUGAGACGGAGCCCAAGGCGGCGACUGAGUCUCAAAAGCGCUUGAUUCGAAAGCUGCAUGUAAAUCUAGGCCACCCUCAUCGGGAUAGAUUUCUGCAUAUGCUUCGUGCUGCCGGUGCCCAUGAGCAUGUUCUGUCCUACGUUAAGAACAGCCUAGAGUGUGAGGUCUGCGACGUCAAACAUCGGCAAGACAACCGACGUCGAGCCCAGUAUCCUAAGACGUUUUCGUUCAAUAGGGUAUUGUGUGUGGACGUCUUGUACCUGAAGUUUCGUGACCUCAACGUCCCGAUCCUCAACAUGACUUGUGCAGGGACCCACUACCAGGUCGUUCAAAGGCUCCCGGUGGCCCCAGGAACUUCGGGUGGCACUCCCACUGCUGAAGCUGCAUGGCGAGGAUUCGCCACUACUUGGUUGCGUUUCCUCGGAGCUCCAAGUCUUAUGAUCACGGAUUCCGGCAACGAGUUCAAAGGGAUUUUCGAGAGACAGUGUGAGUCACAUGCCAUUCUCCAACACGUAACCAUCCCCGAGCAGCCGUGGAAGAAUGCCUUCGCUGAGCGACACGGCGGCUGGGUGAAGGAUAAGCUCGACAAGGAGAUAGCUAGUGGGCAGUGUGCCUUCCAAACCUUGGAGGAGCUCGAUGAGUUCCUCAGCGCUCUCACCGCCACCAAGAACCGUUGGCUCCAGAGGUCCGGUUACACCCCAGCAGCGUUAGUCUUCGGCGAGCUCCCCAGAGUACCAGGAGAGCUCUUAGCAGAUGACGAGAUCAGCGAGCAGGCGGUUGCGGAUGCCUACUCGGACCCGUCAGGUCUUGAUCAAGCGGCCACGGAGUUCAGGCGCAAGUUGGAGAUCCGGGAGAAGGCGCGACAGGCGGCCAUGGCUCAGACAAGCCGAGAAGCCUUCCAGAAGGCUGCCAGAGCGAGCACUCACCAAGCUCGUCGAUGGGUUGCCGGUCAAUGGGUCUACGUGUUCCGUCGAGGGCGCCCGAACAAUGUUCUACAUCCUCGUGAUCGAUGGUGUGGCCCCGGGGUCAUCGUCCUCGUGAGCCAGAAGGGCAUCUACGUGGCUAUGAGGUCCAGACUCUGGAGGUGCGGACCAGAACAACUUCGUCCCGCGCAUCCCAAUGAGAUGCUCGGGGCGCAGAUGGCCGAAGAUCCUGGUCUCGCUGAGCUUCUCCGUAAAAUCAAUUCCGGGGUUCGAGCAGGAAUCACGGACGUCUCGAAUGAGAGACCUCCUCUCCCACCCGAGGAGUUCGCGCCAGUAGUUCGAGAUCAAGAAGGAGUUCCACUGGGAGGCGAGGAGGUUUCAAGACCUUCAGAGGCACCGCAGCCUGUCGAAGCGGUUCCUGAAAGGCUUCUCCCGAGACCAGCGCCGGGAGUUCAGUCCGAUGAGGGACGAAUCGUGCCACCUCCUGGCUUGCCUCCUCCUCCGCAGCGAGACUGGCGAGAUCAAGAACCUGGCCCUCAGGACAGCGCGACUGGAUCACGGAGGUCUUCCAUGGAAGAGCCGGCCGCAGAGCUGGAACCUCCCGCAGAAGCACUACACAGGCCCUUGGAGCGCAUACUGGAGGAGUCCUCCGACGAAGAGGUUCUUGGUCCAGUUAAUAAAGCGGCAAGACUUUCCUCCGAAGACGAGGUCGUGGGAAGCCGAGCUCCCGGGACUCCGGUGGGGAGGUUACUUCAGGCUAUCCCUCGACUACCUCAAGGCAGCAGCUCUUCCACAGCAGGACAAGCCCCUGCCUCAGUCACCCCGUCUUCCUUGACUCCCGGCGAAGAGGUGACUGGCUCAGGGAGAGUGGAGCGGCAAGUCGCUGAGUUCGAGGGACUGCGGUCCCACCGCGAGAGGUCUCCUCGACGUUCAGUUGGAGAUCCGAGUGAGGCCCAGAGCCGCUCAGAGUCCUCCUUCACCUACUGUGCCAGCUCCCGAGGCUGGAAUCUUCUUGCGAAGAGGGGAGACGAGAUCUCCUUGAAAGCCCUGGCGAACGAGGAGCGCAAGCUCUUCGAGCAGUCAGACAAGGUGGAGUGGGAAGCCAUGUUGGCCACUGGAGCGGUGCGGGUCCUCACAGGCAAAGAAGCUCAGGAAGCACGACAGAAGUUUCCCGACCGCAUCCUCAGUUCGAGGAUGGUCCGGCGUAAGAAGCCGCUUCCGGACAAGCUAAAUGCUUGGAAGGCAAAGUCCAGAUGGUGUGUUCAGGGUCACUCCGAUCCUGAUACAUCAGAGCUGCAGACAUAUGCACCAACGCCAUCGACUGAAGGGCUCAUGAUGUUCCUGCAGACUGCCACGAACCUUCGUCAAGAUUGCGCCUUUGCAGAUGUACGCAACGCGUUCUGUCAAUCACUGCCUUUGUCCCGUAGCAAGGGGCCGCUGUUUGCUGAAGGAUGUGAAGGAUUGAAUCUUCCUCCUGGCGCGCUCAUUGCUCUGGAUGUGCCCGUUUACGGGUUAGACGACGCGCCAGCAGCCUGGCGCAGGACCGUAACGGACUUCUUGCUGAGCAUCGGCUUCGUACGCCACAUCACCGAACCGUGUUGGUAUCUACGCUUCGAUGAAAAGCAUCGAAAUGAAGCUCAGGUGCUCGUCGAAGUGGACGACCUGAUUGUGGCCACGAACCCGAGCCUCACCGCAUCCAUCAAGGAGACGUUCCAAGCACGAUUCCAUUUCGGCGAAUGGGACUAUCAUGAGGCAGAGUAUGCAGGAAGGAAGGUGGUCAUGGGCAGCGACUACUCCACCGUCUCUCAAGAGAAGUACAUCUUGGAGCAGGUCUUCCCCAUCCAGAUCGCGAAGGGCCGUAGGCAGCUCAAGGAGGACAAGCUCAAUGAAGAGGAGUUCGGCUUGUUUCGCUCUCUGAUCUAUAAGGUCAACUGGCUAGCUCGGGAAAGCCGGCCGGAGGCCGCCGGGUUGGCCUCGAUCAUGGCCAGUCGGCUGCCGCACGCUCAGCUGAAGGACAUCCUCAUCCUCAACAAGUACGUGAAUCACCUCCGAAGCACAGCCUCCCGAGCCAUCAAGAUCUGGAGAUUCAAACCGGAAGAGAUGGUUUUCAUCUCAGUCUCAGACGCCGGAGGGGUCACUGUGCGAGAAGGAGAGACGGAUGAGGAAGGACUGCCCACGGACGCCACCCAAGGGGCGUGGGCCGUCUUCACUGCUGAGGGGCACCCCGUGGGUGCUCAGCAGGUGAGAGCCACUCCUGUGGCCUGGAGAAGCAGUAAGUUGAAGCGCAAGGUGUUCAGCACGUUUGGUGGGGAGACUCAAGCGAUGCUUCAGGGAGUGAACGAAGUCGAGUGGCUGCAGAUCAUGUACCGAGACGCUAUCUUCAAUGACAUUCGCCUAGAUCAAUGGCGAAACAGCCUCUCCCCUCACUUGGUCAUCAUGAAGAGCUCUGCGCACCUGCCUGCGCGACAGCCCCAGAUCUCAGACGAUCCCUUGAGAAGCAACGGAGCCAUGGAAGUGUUUCUCAGGCGCAGCCAUAAGGCAUCAGUGGAACGUUUGAGUCGUGAGUACCAGGAAAACUUGGUGCUACUUGUACA